AUGCCAAAACCACCUAUGCUCAACUUCGGGUAUCAGUUAUAUCUUCGUUCAUCAAUGUCUGUCAUCUCUGGGUUCAAUAAUAUUGACCAAGUUGAUGAUCGAAGAAAGAUCAUGUACAGAUCUACAUGUUAUAACAUCAAUGAGUUCUGGAUACCUGGUAAACCUCUUAUAUGUAAGGAAUCCUCACCAUGGAUAGAUGCAUUUCCUUGGGAACUAACUAAUGUUACGUUUACUUUAGUUGACUUCCAAGAUCAGCCUGUACGAUUAUUGUCACCAAUGUUUAUGGUGAUAGAGAUUAAACCAGAUAAGCCAGAAGUUAGAGAAACCAAUGAUAUUAGUGAUGAUGAUACAGAAUCUUCGUACGAUUAUGAUUACGAUGACGAUUAA